AGGCCUCGUACACGCGCAUUUGGUCGCGAUUAGCAGCGCGCAAGGCAAGAGACCGUAGACAUGAGCAGCUCGUCACCCGUGACCGCCCCCAGCUCGGAUUGAAAUAUACAGAAGUCUUCAUGGAUAUAGUUGACACAUUCAACCAUUUAAUCCCAACUGAGCACUUGGAUGAUGCCCUGUUUCUAGGCUCUAACCUAGAAAGUGAAGGCUGUGACGAAUUUGCCACAGGCCAACAUGUCAUAGAAGAUUCCUUGAAGAACAUGCUCAGUGAUAAAGAUCCUAUGCUUGGAUCUGCAAGCACCCAAUUCUGUUUACCAGUUUUGGAUAACGCAGAGCAUAACUUUCAGAUAACACCCUCAACAGGUGUUGGUCUUGAUGAUAUAAUGGAUGUUGGGGUAGAUAAAGUAACUGCUGUUGAUAUCAAUGACGAAGAAGAUAUAAUUCUACCAGACAAGAACCUUAACAGUUUAAAUGAGCCUUCUAUAAAAUCACUAAGGAAAUCACCACGUUUGAAAGCACAUGAAUCCACACGAACGCUAAGACCUAGUACAACUGAGAAGACAUUGAAUGCUGCAAAGGUUACAAGUCCAAAAAAAUCUAAAUUGUCCGGAAUAGACACAGCCGCUGAUAAAUCAGAAGAUAAUGAACAUAUUUUGCACAUUGGAAGUGAUGAUAAAAGAAGCAAUAGCACACAGAACUCAAGGAGAUCAACAAGAAUAGCAAAUAAGGAGUAUAAAGUGACUACAGAUGAAAAUAGUUCAAAUAAGGAGACAGACAAAGAAGCGAGUACUACAAAUGACAUUUUAUCAAACACACAAAGCAUACUACAAAAAGACGAUGGUAACUCUGAAACUUCAAAUAAUGUUUCUCUUAUUUUAUUGAGUGGAAAUUCUAAUAAAGGUUUGCAAGAAGAAACAGAACAGGAUUUGAAUAAUUCUCAAGGAGAAAAUUUGACCGAUGAUGUCUUACAAGCACCUGUAGAUGAAAAAGUGUAUAGCAAUGAGAACUAUCAGACUGAUGAUAAAAAAACAGAUGUAAUAUAUGAUAAAGUUCACCAAGAGCUUGCGCUUUUAUCAGGAGUUGUUGAAUGUGACUUGGGUGGUAAGGCAGUGUUGCACCCAGAAAUUAAUGUUGAAUGUAUGUUGCAAAAUGCUGUUGGCAGCUCUGACCAAGAGAAUGAACCAGACAAAAAUUCUAUUACUUCUGAAGUUCUGAAUACCAAUAACAAAUGUAAUUCUUUAGGAGAUAUAUCAGUUGCAGAAAGUUUAGUAGAGAAUACCACAGAAGACGUAGAAAGUGGUGAAAAAGUGGAGACUACAGAAAAAGAAAUGUCAGCUGGAAAUGGUUUCGGAAAACCAAAUCGUAAUCGAAAAGGUGCAAAAAAGCUAAAACCCAGUUCUGCUCAAGUAUCUAUGGCUACAGAAAAUUCUACAAAAAAUAUUGCUUCCUCAAAAGAUGGCAGCUUAUAUUCUCAUCAAAAGGGUAGAUUUAAAAAAACUAACAUUUCUCGCUCUGAAUCUCCAAUUCUGCCCGACAAGUCGAAAAUUAUUAAAGUAACGAAAAAGGGACCCGUAAGUGCAAAAAUCCACAACAUUCCAAUAAAGACUACGAUGAAAAAGAAGCCUUGUUCGGCUGAAAAAAAGGGCAAUUCCUUUACAUUGUUAAAACAGCUAGAUGAUGCAUUACGGGACAGUCAGGGAAAUUCAAAAGAAACAUCCCACGUUCUGUCAUCUCAUGUAGGUUCUAGGAGUUUAUCCCAUUCUAGUGAUAAAUCAUUCACUAAACAGCCAUUAUCAAAAGUGGCUCCUCACUCAAAGGACAUGGGGGAAGAGAAAGAAGCAGCUGAGCAUUCGGAAGAAAAGACCAAAUUCAAAAAGUCACUUCCACCCCGACAAAGAAGAAGUAGCAAAAGUGCUUCUGUUGACGAGCCACCUUUGUUUAUUCCUGAUAACAUACCUACUGUAAAAAAAGAAGGAACAGAAGUAUCUUCACCAACUGAUAAGUACGUUUGGAAUCCAACAAGACAUUGCAGUUCAUGCAGAAAACUUCAUGGAAAUAGGUUUAUGGUGGGAUGUGGAAGAUGUGAUGAUUGGUUUCAUGGAGAAUGUGUUGGCCUAAACCUUGGUCAAGCACAGCAGAUGGAAGUGGAUGACAAAGAGUAUAUAUGUGUAAAGUGCUGUGUGGAAGAGGAAAAAAUGGAUACCUCUGAAACCUCUGCUUCUAGUGAUAGUCAGAAACCAGAUCUACUCCAAGAACAUAAAGCUGUGGAAAUUCAUAAACCCGUGACAACAGGAUGUCAAGGUGUACCUCAUGAAAAAUCGAAGCAGGCAGAUGAUACCAUAAAACACAAAGUUAAAAUUUCCAAAAAGAGCUCUGGAGAUAAUAAGCAAGUCUUAGAAAGGAAGGAUUUGGAAAUGAAGAAGCAUGCACCUGACAGGAAGACCUUGCAGUCUGCCACAGCAUCUCACCGAGUCUCUGAGGAAAAACGAGAAAGGCCUUCAAAAGAUUCUACAGCUGCUCCAUCCAAUGAUGAAAAGACUCCAAAAUCAGGUGCUAGUGAAAAGCAAGACAUUAAAAGAAAGAAACCAGAAAAGAAAGGAUCUUCAUCAGGCGUACCAAAUCCCUCUCCUUCUACACCAAAACCAUCUGUUGACCAAAUAAGGCAAAGUGUCCGGCAAUCUUUAAAAGAAAUUCUAUUAAAGAGACUUUCACAAUCAUCCUCAAAGAUUCCCGAAGAAAGGGCUACCAAAGUUUCAGCCAAGAUUGAAAAGGAGUUAUUUUCAUUUUAUCGAGAUACAGAUUCUAAAUACAAGAAUAAGUAUAGAAGUUUAAUGUUUAACUUGAGAGAUCCUAAGAACAAUGUGUUGUAUAAGCGAGUCCUCAGAGGAGACAUCACUCCAGAACAUCUCAUCAAGAUGACACCAGAGGAGUUGGCAUCUAAAGAGUUGGCAGCUUGGAGGCAAAGGGAAAACAGACAUACUAUUGAGAUGAUUGAAAAAGAACAACGUGAAGUGGAACGGCGACCAAUCACUAAAAUUACACAUAAGGGUGAAAUUGAAAUAGAAAGUGAUGCUCCUAAUAAAGAGCCUGAAGCCAUGGACACAGAGGAAUCUGUCGUGAAACCCAUUGAAAAGGAGGAAGAAGCACACAAAGAUAAAGAUCCACCUACUGAGUCUACAUCAGACACAACAGCGCACCACAAAAAUCACCUCUUUGACUUAAACUGUAAAAUAUGCACAGGUCGAAUGGCACCACCUGCUGAAGAUAUGUCACCUAAGAAAGUGAAAGUGUCUAUGGGUGGGAUGCGUGAAGAAUCUGACACUACAUCAGAAACAUCUUCUGCACCUGGUAAUUUGAAGAUGGAUAUUCUAGAAACAGAGAAACCAGAAUCACCAAAGGAAACAUUCUUUUCAGCUCCAAGCUCAGAGCCUUUUAAUAUUACUGAAGCGGCUGAAGAUGAAUCUACGUUUUUGUCCCGCUUGACCUGCAUUUGGAAAGGAUUUCUUAAUAUGCCUUCUGUGGCAAAAUUUAUUAUCAAAGCAUACCCUGUAUCUGGAUCAUUAGACCACUUAUCAGAGGAUCUCCCUGAUAGUAUCCAAGUGGGUGGAAGGAUUUCGCCACAGACUGUUUGGGAUUAUGUCGAAAAAAUUAAGGCCUCUGGAACUAAGGAGACCUGCGUCAUCCGCUUUUGUCCAGAGACUGAAGAAGAUCAGAUUUCCUACACAUUACUCUAUUCUUACUUUAGUAGCAGAAAGCGUUACGGUGUAGUAGCAAACAAUAUGAGGCAGGUGAAAGACAUGUAUCUAAUUCCGUUAGGAGCCUCUGAAAAAAUCCCACAUUUUUUUGUACCUUUUGAUGGACCUGGUCUAGAAACAAGAAGACCCAAUCUGCUUUUGGCCUUGAUAAUUCGUCAGAAAGUGAAAAGGCAACACAGCACAAGCCUUGAUGAUGAACAAAUAGGAGCAAUAUUGAGCGUCCCUGAGAAAAAGAGUAGAAAUGAUGUUGAUGAUGAAGAAGAUGAAGAUGAUGAUGAAAAUGAUUUUUUCAAUUCUUUCUCUGCUGUGUUACACAAGAGUAGAAACAGACCUCAGCUCUCAGAUAAUGAAGAACCUCAAGCAAGUGUUGAACCUGUACCAGAGGCAGUUAAGAGAGAGCCACCAAAACCGCUAAGGUUCCUUCCAGGAGUAUUAGUUGGAUGGGAAAAUCCCCACUCAACUAUAGAUCUAGCCAACAAACCAUUGCCGGUGGAUGACAUAUUGCAGUCUCUUUUAGGUAUUACAGAAAAUACAUUUGAACAUAAACCUCCUGUCACAACAGUCAGUGAUCAAACAUUAAAGGAAAUAAAAACUAAACAAGUAAAAGAUGAAGCAAGUUUUGCUGAAACAAUUCUUGAUAAAGAUGCAGAAAUGGAUAUAACCCCUAACACUGUAGAAGAAACAAAAGAGAAUCCAGCACCAAUAAUCCUAUCUCAGUCUGGAAAAUUGUCUGUCUCCCUAAAAGACAAACCUCCUGAUGUUCCUACUGAAGUGUAUUUGGCCAAAAUAAAUGCGUGGUCAAGUGAUGAAGUGCUUGAGGUGGGAAAUUCAACAGGGCCUGCUGAUUUUAAUCAAGACAUUGAAGAUACUGUUAAUCCAAAUGUAUCUCCAGUUCCUGAAAACAAAAGCAGCAUUGAUGGUGACAAUUCAUCAUCUGUAGAUGCCAGUGAAACCCCUGUGAAACUGUCAAAGUUAAUGCAUAUUAAAAGGGACCCAAGGCAAGCUGCCACAAGAAGUCAUAUUAACUCUACAGAUUUAAAAGACUAUAAUAUGAGCAAAAAUGAAGACGAUACAAUACAAGAUAAAAAAAGUGAAACCACUUUAAGACACAAAAAAGAAAAAAAUAGGAAACAUUCCCGUGAAGAAAUUGAUCUACAUACAUCUAGGAGUGAUAGAUCUAAAAGCAACUUGUCCUCUUCCGCAAAGAAUGAGGUAGAAAUUGCUGAAACAUCAAGAACUGAAAAUACCAAGCAGUAUCCUCCAGAUCUUCUUAUUGAUGAAACAGAUCCUCUGCAGCAAUUUCGGCGAGCUUUGGCAGCAAAUAAAUCUCAGUCACAUGUAUCAAAUUCUUCACAGGCAGAAACACCUACCAAAAGUUCAGUUCCUACUUUUACAGGAAACUUCUCACCAUUAAGGCUACAACAGCCUCCUUUUCUACCUUUAAAGAGCAACCCUCCUCCAUUUCCAUUCCAACAUACUCCCAGCUUUCCGUUGCAGGGCAGUCCAAUAUUUCCAUAUCCUCCUCAUAUACCACCACUGCUUCCAACUCCAUUAGGUAUCAACUUUACAAGACCCACUAGAUUUCAGUCUGUAGAUCCCAGUAUCCACAAUCCAUUAGUUGCUUGGCAUCCAACACUUCAGAUACCUCGGCAACCACAUUUUUUUGGGCCUGUUACAAGUGGACCUCUUUUAAAUGCAGAAGCAGUCAGGUACCAGGUACCUCAAAAUCUGUAUCAUAAGGAUCACAGGGUUCAGGAAAGACGCCACAGUGACCCUUGGGACAAACCAGAUCGUGACAGAAGCUUCAGUCGAGGAAGCAGAAGUGAACAUAGACAAAGAUUCUAUAGCGAGUCUCACCAUUCAAGGGAAAAAAAGCAUGAUAAAGAAUCAGGAAGUGAAAAGCAUGGGGAUAGAGACUUUGAAAGAAGUAGGCGUAGAGACAGAGAAAAAGAAAGGAGUCAUGACAGAGAUCGGAAAAGCCGUGAUGAGUCACACAGAGAAAAAGAAAAAUCUAGAGCUUCUCACAGUGACAAGUCUUCAGACAGCAGAACAAGUAAAGAAAGGAGGAGUAGUGAUAAAUCAAAAAGUGAGGAUCGGGAGCAUGAUAAAGAUAAAACUAGGGACAGAAAUAGAGAUCGAGAAGAUGAAAAAGAGAAAGACAGGCACCACAAAGACAAGAGCAAGGACCAUAGUGACAAAAGUAAAAGCAAACGAUGAAAACACUGCUUUUUAAAUUUUUUAUUUUAUUCCUUACUAGGGUUGUGCCAUCCUUUUCUAUUACAUGUCAGUGUUUUCUGGAAAGAAAUGUGUUAUUGUAAAGCCUGACUGCCCGUUAUAUAUUCCUUGAUGUUUGAUUCUCACUAAAAUAUAAUGUUUUUAACAAAUAUUUUACAAUCCUCAUAUAAAAUCACCACAAAUUUCUUUCUAAAUAUGCAGUUGAGAUAUUUAGUUAGAAAUUGUGCAUAAUGUACAGCAUUUUUGCAUUUGGAGUAUUGCUAACAUUUUAAAACCGUUCUUUAAAAAAAUCUUUUUAAUUGCACUGUUUUUAAAACCCGAACAGAUUCAGGAUCCAUAAAUUACUGUUAAGAAAAUUCUAUAAUUAUUUGGUGCUGUAAAAAAAAGCUUACUUCUGGAAAAGUCACACUGUUCCAUUAGUUCCAUAACGUUAGCAUAUCAGAGAUGGUUCUACCAUGGAUGUAUUAAGAUAGCCGUUCGGUUACUAUAGCUUUGAAAUGCACUUGCCAUAGGGAAAAUAUAUUUUAACUUUUAAGCUUACACCUUCUGUUAGUAAUUUAAAAUUAGAACAUUUGUUUGCGCUUUAAAUACUUGAAAUCUCUGCUUGUACAUUCUUGUGUUUUGCUAUUUUUUUAUACUGUAAAAUGUAAAUAUUUUAAGGAAUAUUUUGAUUUUAAAGAUGAUAAAAAACUAACAUAUUUUGUCUCAUUACUGUGUACGAAAUGUUGUGUUUAAUUCCUGUUGAAAAGUAAAGAUUUUAGUAUUA